UGCGCAGGCGCGCUGCUGCCGCGGCCGAGCCGUCCCCGGGCCGGGCGGGCCGAGGCGUCGCCGGGUUCCGCCGCGCCGGGCGCCUCCUGACGGGCGGCCGAGUCCCUUAGAGACGCAGUCCUCUGAGAUUCGUGAACCAGCAUGCUUGGCAGAAGACCUAAAAAAAGCCCUCAGGCAAAGGGCCAGGGAGCUGCAGUUGCAAAGCAGCUGGGGCUGUUUGUAGAUUUCAACCCAGAAGAGAUGCUGCUGGAGGAAGGUGGGGAUGAUGGGGAUCUAGAAGCAGAGCUUGCUGCCAUCACAGGAGUGAAGGUGAAAGAAGAGAAAUCAAAACCAAAAGGGAAAAGUUUAAGUUGCUACUCCACAGAAAAGGCUCCUCUGCCCAUGGAUCAUAUUGAAAAGAUGGCUGCAGAGUGUAUGAAAGACCUGGAUGAAGAUGAGGAGGAAGAAGCAGAUGAAGACUUGGAGAAAGAUACAGACCUGUUGGCAGAAUUGCAAGAAGUUUUGGGCGUGGAAGGUGAGACAGGAAGCUGUGAGGAUGAAACAAUAGCCAUGGAGCCAUCCACAGAUGAACCAGAAAAUGAGCAACCUGAACUGCAGCCACAGACCACCUCACUUCCUGCUGUUACCAGUGAGCUGCAGCAGACAAUAGAGAAGAGAAUUGCUAACUAUUGGGCAGCAAUUUCUAAUGCAAAGGAGUCAGGUGAGAGCUCCAAAAUACGUCGAUACGAAAGAGGCCUUAAGACACUGGAAACCAUGCUGACUGCAGUGAAGAAAGGCAAAAAAAUCAAUGAGGAAGAAAUACCACCUCCUGUUGCAGCAGGAAAGAGUUCUUCUCACUUACCUCAAGCCACAGGAGUGGAACCAGAAAGUUCAGGAGAUUCAGUCAGUGUCCUACCAGAGAAUAAAGCUGAGUCUGCUGCAGAUGGUGAGCAGAAGACCUCUCGUGAAGCAGUGCAGCAUGUGGAAUCAGAGUCUCUACAGGGUCAUGCUGCUUCUAGUCCUACUGUAGAAACAGAUCUCCACAGCAGCAGCACCCGAGCAUUAUUACUUAGGAGACAGAGGGAGUAUAAAUUAGCAGCUCUAAAAGCCAAGCAGCAGGGGAACCUGGAGAAAGCAAAGGAAUACAUGAAGGCAGGCAAGAAAUUUAACAUGGUCUUGGAAGCUUUGGAUAGUGGGCAGCCAAUAGACCUCCAGAAUAUGCCUCCAUCUCCUCAGGAUCUUGAAAAACUAGCAAAUGUACAGGAUGCAUCAAAGCAAAAGGUACCAGCUCCAGUGGGAAGUUCUCAGGGUCUUCCAACUCCUGGAUACCAGACCCAAGAAGCUUCAGCUUCCCUGCAGCAGCCAAAAACAGUGCUGGAAGCUUUGCAGCAAAGGCUGGAGAAGUACAAGGCAGCAGCAGCACAGGCUAAAGCCAGUGGGGAUGAUCGGAAGGGCAGGAUGCACGAGAGGAUAGCCAAGCAAUACCAGGAUGCCAUAAGAGCCCAUAAAGCAGGGAGAAAGGUGAAUUUUUCUGAGCUACCUGUUCCUCCUGGAUUUCCCCCUCUUCCUGGUGUUGGAUCAACAGAUGGUGACAGUACAAUAGCUGCUGUUCUGGAAAGUGCCAGCAAGCUGGCAAACAUGGAGGAGGAUGAUGAUGAGGAGAAUGAAGGUCUGACACAGGCCCCAGUGGCCAAGAAGCCUGCUCAGCUGCCUGGAAAGCCGACUCAAGUUGUUAAGCCAAUUACAGUGCCAUCUGCUGUGGCUGUGGAGGAGAGCUCUCCUGAGCAUCUGAAACAGGCUACAUCACCCUCCACCCUGGACAAGGCAGAGUCAAUGGAUCAUCUCCCUGCAGCUGCUAGGGAACAGCUGGAAUUUCUGGAGAACAGAAAGAAGCAAUACAUGAAGGCAGCCGUCAAAGCAAAGAAGGAAAAUAACCUUGAACAGGCUAAGAUGUAUCUCAGAACAGCCAAGGGCUUUGAUGUAAAGAUUGAACAAGCAAAAUGUGGCAAACCUGUUGAUAUUUCUAAGCUGCCAUCACCCCCUACAGACGACGAGGGGGAUUUUAUCUUCAUACAUCAUGAAGACGUCAGACUGUCUCAGAAAGCAGAUGAAGUAUAUGCACAGCUCAUAAAACUGCUGAAGGACCAGCAUCAGAGGUGUUUGCAGUAUUCCAAGCAAUUCAUGCAUCUGGGAAAUGUAGCAGAAACAACUCGGUUUGAGAAACUGGCACAAGGUUGUAAAAAGGACAUGGAUAUCCUGCAGCUUGCACGAGCACAAGGAAUGGAACCUCCAAGCCAUCACUUUGAGGAAAGAACAUUUAAAAUGAUAAGGAUAUUUUCUGAGCUCAACAGCACAGAAAUGCACCUUUUUAUUGUCAGGGGGAUAAACCUGCCAGCUCCAUCAGGUGUAACACCGAGAGAUUUGGAUGCAUUUGUGAAGUUUGAGUUUCAGUACCCGAGUGCGGAGCAACCUCAGAAGAGUAAAACAUCUGUAAUUAACAAUACCAAUUCUCCAGAAUAUAACCAGCUAUUUAAGCUGAACAUCAACCGAAAUCACAGAGGCUUCCGACGUGCCGUUCGCUCCAAAGGAAUUAAAUUUGAAGUUUUUCAUAAAGGGUCCUUUUUCAGAAGUGACAAGCACGUGGGGACAGCACACUUGAAGCUGGACAAGCUGGAGACAGAAUGUGAAGUUAGAGAGAUCAUUGAGAUUUUUGACGGCAGAAAGCCCACUGGAGGGAAACUGGAGGUAAAAGUGAGACUCAGGGAGCCCCUCAAUGGUCAAGAUCUUCAAACAGUUACAGAAAACUGGCUGGUCCUUGAACAUUAGCUCUGUCUGAGAUCCAUUGGAAUGUGGGAUGAACACAUGCAGGAAGAUGCUGCUAGCUGCACGCACCAAAGAUGUUAAAUGAAUGCACUACUGACCCCAAUGUCUAUUUUGGUAACAGCCAUAGUGCUCAUGAAUAACUUUAGGCAAGUGUGAGGCUCUGGGAUUGUGACUAGUCUACACAAAAUAGACAAGAGUUGCCUUAACGUGGGACUACUAAUGUAGCACCAGGACGAAUGUUAACACUAACUAUGCAGAGCCAUGUGGGAAGAGUUUAGCCCCUUACAGACUCCCUGAGGCAGUGCAAGAACUUGUCAGUCAAGUCACAGGUAAGACCUUUACCUGAAGUCAUUGUCAAGUGUACAGGCAGCCAGCGUGGUGCAGCAAACAGUCUGCUACUGCUUCUUCUGUUCUCUCAUCAAGGCCUGGUCAGGGUUGGUUGUUUUGGUUUGUUUGGAUUUUUUUCCUUUCCUAAAACAGAGGAGAGAGACCUCUGGCACAACCCAGCAGCAGCACGUCCCUCCUCCACACAUGCCAUUGCACCAGGAAGUUCAGUGGGAUGUUGCCUUUCAGAAGGAAGGAGCUCAGAAGCAAGACUUGCUAGCAGCAGGAGUUUACAGACCUACAUUUUUAUGCUGGCUCCCAGUUGUCUGCCAUGCUUGCUGCACCACUUACCCAGUGCAGCCCGGGUACUGUGCCUUCAGCCUUUUUCUUUUUUAUUUUAAUUCAAAAGGAGAGAGGGAAAAAAAAAAGUAUGCUACCCUGCUGCUUCCCAAAUGUUCCUUGUAUUUUUACAAAAAUAGGCUUUUCCAGUUCUUCCGGGUGAUGGGCAAAACAGCCACCCUUGGUUGUGUAGAAAACCAGAUGAUGACUGUUUUCAGGAAUGCUUUGGGCAGGCAGCAUAAAGAAAUGGAACCAAACGUGUCUGUGUUUAUACAUCUCUGUGAGGUAAGAGGAGUGAGUGAUCUCAGAGGAAGGAGGUGCCUGUGCUGGGGAGCCCAGCACUCCUGCACCAGCUGUUGAGGGAGGGCAAAUUUGUAGACAGAAAAAGAGUCCAGACAAGUAAGGCAGCACUGCCUCUGUCUUCCUGAGCAGAUGAAGACAAAUACAGUGUUUAGUUUUUAAUUUCAAUAAAUUUAAUAUACAAAACUACAUGUUGAAAAUAAAAAUAUAAUAUGC